AUGACACAAUCCAAGUCGAUGAAACGGAAGCGAAAUGCUCAAGUAAAAAUCCCUCAAAAGCAUAUCAAAAUCACAAAGACAUCAUCAGCGGCGGCUUCGCUACCUGAUGACGAACCAUUUGAGAUCAAGCGUCUGCAGACAGUUAUUUCAGACGAAGAACUAGCUAUUACAAUUGACACACUUACGACUCUGGCGCAAUAUCCCAGCUUGACAAAGUCUAAGCUUUGCAGAAAUCUUCGAACCGCAGUCUAUGAGUUUCGUCAAUCCUGCACUACCGGCAUUCAUUUAGCGGAGAACGCAAACCUUACAUCACGUGUAUCUGCCGCAUUAGCUGAUGAAAAGUACCUCGAGGCAAGGAUUUUGCUCGCUGAGAUGCGACUCAGAGGUGAAGAACCCAAGCUGGGUGCCCUGUGUCGAUGGGUGCGAGACCUUGACGUUGUCACGCAGCCCAAAGGUAUAAGCAUCGACAACCCUCAGCGCUCCGCAAAAGAUGAUGAACUGCUCAGCGUACUUGAUGCUGUACUACGCGUCAGCUGCCCGGUUGACGAAAACAUUAGCGUCACAAAGCCCCUACCUGGGUCUUUAUCCCAUAUAGCUUUUCAGGCCACAUGGGAUGUGCGGCCUCCUACUAAACCACAAAAAGUAUACGAAUCUGUUUUAGAUAAAUCCAUCUUUGCUUCAGCACCAAGUUCGGUCGCCUCUUCUCUUCGUAUCAUCGAAACAACACCUGGCCAUCUCCGCAACCCCCCCAAUCAUCAUCCGGCUAUACUUUAUACUUCUCAGCCUAGCACUGUCCCGUUGUCAUUGGACAAUCCUCAGAUUACACAUCAUAAGCAUCCCAACGUACCCAAUCUCAGCCUCGCUACGAAUGUUCUUUCACCCGAUGAGUGCAAGGCGAUUAUCGCUGUUGGAGAAAGAGUUGGCUUUCUUCCUGAUACUCCAAUUCGUGAAGGUGGGGAUACAAGUGUUCUGGCGCACAAUUUCUAUUGGGUCAUCGAUACUGCAUUUCACGAUACACUUUGGUCACGCAUUUCUCCUUUUGUGCCAGCCUCAGUCAAUGGGCGCUUGGCUCGUGGCCUCAAUCGGCGUUUCCGUGUGUACCGGUAUGUUCCCGGUGCUGAAUAUAGAUGCCAUAUUGAUGGAGCUUGGCCGCCAUCUGGUAUCCGGGCUGAUGAUACAUAUGUGUACGACGAUUCGCCUGUAACGAAGAAACAGAGCUCAUUAUUUACCUUCUUAUUGUACCUGAACGACGAAUUCGAGGGCGGAGAAACAACUUUUUUCAUUCCAGCGCCGCUAGAGGGAACGCUCAAUGCCUACCGCGUGAGGCCAGUUAUGGGUGGUGUCGCUAUCUUUCCGCAUGGUGAGACGCGGGGAGCAUUAUUGCAUGAAGGCUCGAGUGUAACAAAGGGUGCCAAGUACAUUAUAAGGUCGGAUAUUGAGUACGACAUCGAUCCUUCAGAUUAG